CAAAAUAAUAAAACAUAACCUCCAACACUCAACAGAUUGCAACCCAUCAACCAGGAUCGAAUUAUUUAUGUAAGUGAUUAUUUAUUAAAAAAAUUAAUUGCCAAAAUUAAAAAAAUGGCGAGUACGUCAAGUGAUCAGUCAACGAUCGCUCAAAAAACCUGGGAGAUGUCAAACAACGUCGAGAUGAUCAGUACCAUGGAUGAAAUAUAUCGUUACGACCGUCAGGAACAACAAGACAUCUUAGCUGCCAAACCCUGGGAAAAAGAUCCUCACUUUUUCAAAGACAUAAAAAUAUCCGCGCUGGCUCUGCUGAAAAUGGUGAUGCACGCCCGGUCGGGAGGAACCUUGGAAGUGAUGGGACUUCUGCUAGGAAAAGUGACAGCAAACACGAUGAUCGUCAUGGACUCUUUCGCUCUACCAGUGGAGGGUACCGAGACCCGGGUAAAUGCUCAAGCCCAAGCCUACGAAUACAUGACAGCUUACAUCGAAAACGCGAAACUCGUCGGACGUCAAGAAAAUGCCAUCGGCUGGUACCACAGUCACCCAGGAUACGGGUGCUGGUUAUCAGGAAUCGACGUCUCCACGCAGAUGUUGAACCAAAACUUCCAGGAGCCAUUCGUCGCCAUCGUCAUCGACCCAGUGAGAACGAUAUCCGCUGGGAAAGUUUGUCUAGGAGCAUUCAGAACUUAUCCUAAAGGCUACAAGCCAGCCAACGAGGAACCGUCAGAGUAUCAAACGAUUCCUCUGAAUAAAAUUGAGGACUUUGGUGUUCAUUGCAAGCAGUACUACUCCCUAGAAGUCACGUAUUUCAAGUCGUCCCUCGAUCGCCGUUUACUUGACUCACUCUGGAAUAAGUACUGGGUCAACACCUUGAGCUCUUCGAGUUUACUUACAAACGCUGACUACACAACCGGACAAAUAUUCGAUCUGUCCGACAAACUUGAGCAGUCGGAAGUCGCUCUAGGACGUGGGGGAUUCAUGAGCGGCGCGGAUUCUCAUGACCGUCGUACCGAAGACAAACUCGUCAAGGCUACAAGAGACAGCUGCAAGACGACAAUCGAAGUGAUCCAUGGCCUGAUGGCCCAGAUAAUUAAAGACAAAUUAUUCAACCAGGUCAACACGAAAUCCAUCGAGUCUCAGUAACUCUUUUUUUUUAAAAAAUAAUUUGUUAUUAAUAAAACUAAACAUUUACCUUAAUUUAAUAAAAGUAAAAUAAAAUAUCUUGUAAUGGAAUAAA